AUGCCUCCAGCCGAGAAGCAAAAGGACUCUCACCGUCAUCGCUCUUUCAAGGGAUGCUGGACCUGCAAAAAAAGGAGGAUCCAGUGCGACGAGUUACGCCCAGGCUGUAAAAAAUGCAGCUCCAAGGGACUCACUUGUGAGGGCUAUGAGAUCCGAUUGCGCUGGGGGGCUGGUAUCGCCUCCCGAGGGAAGUUCUCGGGUGCCGAGAAGCCCGUGAAAGAAUCUAUACCCCCACGGUCGAAGCGAAGAUGGGAUAUGCGAGACAAGGGGGACAAAUCUCCUUUGGGGGAUCAGAAUGGUCAGCCUGUUCUAGUCUCUCAACCUCCAAUCCAAGGUAUCACCAGUUCAUCAACGUCUUCAAUGGUUCCGAUGGUACCAAGCUCACAUAUUCUUCUAGAUCGAGAACCUCAAUUCGUUGCCGAGCGAGCAACAGUCAAUAUACUCAACUCAUCCUGGGAGCCGGAUUCUCCUCUGAGUUCGGCCAUUAACAAGCAUUUUGAGAUACCUGUAUCACUAGCCACUUUGGCUGCGAGUGGUGUGUAUGGUCGGGAUCCAAAUAUGACGGAUCAAUAUGCCCAGCAUGCAGCUCGACGGAGCAUAUUGGCGUGA